ACCCGGAAGGUUCCGUGAUUCCCCGGGCUCCCGGUCCACCGAGACGUCAGGCGGGAAGAUGUCAUCAUUGCCAAGAAGAGCAAAAAUGCAGGCCCAGACCGUGACAUUCAAACAUGAAUUUUCUUCCUCCUCUGAGUUAUUGUCAGACUCUGAAGAUGACAAGGAAGAUAGCAUCUGGGAUCCCCAAAAGAAAGUCCGCAGGAUCUGUAAAAAGCCCAUUUCUAAGGAACCCAAGAAACCCAAGGAACCCAAGAAACCCAAGGAACCCAAAGAACCCAAGGAACCCAAAGAACCCAAACCAAAGAGAGUGCCUCGGGCAAAGAAGAACACAUCCAAAGAUGUGGCUGUCAAGGAGGAGCUGAAUACUUCUGUGGCUAUUGCUGAUGUUAAUUUAGAAAACAGAAAAAAUAAAUUGGAUACUGCCCGGACUCUCAAAACAGCAAAGAUGAAGCAGAAUUCAGCUCAGAGGACUAAGAAGUUGAAAGUUGAAGAAAGCAACAAAGCCAGUGACUUGGAGGGUGUUACUAACAGGACAGAGACCCCAUCCACAAGCACCGUAUGGGAAGGUACCUGCAAAAAGGAGGAGAAUGAAGAAGACUUUACAUUUGGCCAGUCCCCUUUAAAGAAAAUGAAGACUGAAACAUGUCCUCAGGGGCAGCCUGUCAAGUUCCCAGCAAAUGCCAAUAGUAUCAAAGAGGAGGUGGACAUGAACUGGGACAUAGUACAGGUUUUAGCUGAGAGAACUAAUAAUGAAGUUUGGGUUUGUGCCAACAUCAUCCGUCUCUUUAAUGAUGAUAACACAAUUCCCUUCAUCAUACGUUACCGGAAAGAGCUCAUUAAUGACCUUGAUGCUGAUUCCUUAAGAGAAAUUCAACAAACCCUUAAGGAGCUUCGGUCCGUUGCCAAGAAGGUUCAUAGUACAAUCCAGAAAAUUAAGAAGGAGGGAAAGAUGUCUGAAUCUUUGUUAAAUGCUUUGCUGAACUGUAAAACUUUUGAAGAACUGGAACAUGUGUCUGCCCCAUAUAAAACUGGGAGCAAAGGCACUAAAGCCCAGAGAGCAAAACAGUUGGGAUUGGAAGGAGCGGCGAGGACACUGCUCGAGCGGCCAGGCGAGCUCAACCUGCUGUCUUACAUUCAGCCCAACGUGAAAGGGCUUUCAAUGCUGCAGGAUGUUGAAACAGGAGUGCAGCAUAUUUUAGCAGACAUGAUUGCAAAAGACAAAGACACACUUGACUUCAUUCGGAAAUUAUGCCAAAAUAGAUAUAUUUGUAUACAAUCGUCUCUGGCAAAAGUCUCCUCAAAAAAAGUAAAUGAGAAAGAUGUUGACAAGUUUCAACUCUAUCAAAAUUUUUCAUGCAAUAUAAGAAAUAUCCAACAUCACCAGAUUCUGGCAAUUAACCGUGGAGAAAAUUUGAAGAUACUGACAGUGAAGGUUAACAUUUCUGAUGGAGUGAAAAAUGAAUUCUGUAGGUGGUGCAUCCGAAACAGGUGGAGACCACGUGGUUUUGCAAGACCGGAGUUAAUGAAGAUUUUAUAUAAUUCACUGGAUGAUUCCUUCAAACGCCUCAUUUAUCCUCUUCUCUGUAGAGAGUUCAGAGCCAAAUUAACAUCAGAUGCAGAGAAGGAAUCAGUAUUGAUGUUUGGACGGAACCUUCGCCAGCUCCUUCUAACAAGCCCUGUCCCAGGUCGUACUCUGAUGGGAGUGGAUCCUGGUUACAAGCAUGGUUGCAAAUUAGCUAUAAUUUCUCCUACCAGUCAGAUACUUCAUACUGAUGUGGUCUACUUGCAUUGUGGACAAGGCUUUCGAGAGGCAGCGAAAAUAAAGCAGCUUUUGCUGAAUUUCAACUGCAGCACAGUGGUGAUUGGAAAUGGAACUGCCUGCCGGGAAACAGAAGCUUACUUUGCUGACCUGAUAAUGAAAAAUUACUUUGCACCACUGGAUGUUGUUUACUGCAUUGUGAGUGAGGCAGGAGCCUCCAUCUACAGUGUCAGCCCUGAAGCCAACAAAGAGAUGCCAGGGCUGGACCCUAACUUGAGAAGUGCAGUUUCCAUAGCAAGGCGUGUACAGGAUCCAUUAGCCGAGCUAGUGAAAAUUGAACCGAAGCACAUUGGAGUUGGAAUGUACCAGCAUGAUGUAUCCCAGACGUUACUCAAGGCAACACUGGACAGUGUUGUAGAAGAAUGUGUCAGCUUUGUGGGAGUAGAUAUUAACAUCUGUUCAGAAGUUUUGUUAAGGCAUAUUGCAGGACUCAAUGCCAACAGAACCAAAAACAUUAUUGAAUGGCGAGAACAAAAUGGGCCCUUCAUCAACCGAGAGCAGCUGAAGGAAGUGAAAGGGCUGGGUCCAAAAUCCUUCCAACAGUGUGCUGGGUUCAUCAGAAUCAACCAGGAUUACAUUCGAACAUUUUGCAGCAGUCAGCAGACUGAUUCUUCAGGCCAAAUUCAGGGAGCUGCUGUGACAUCUUCAGCAGGUGUUGAGAUCACAAAUGAGAAACAAGGCAAAAAGAAGAGUAAAACUACAGUGAAUGUUGUACUGAAGCCAAAUGCAUUGGACCAAACUUGUAUUCAUCCGGAAUCAUAUGACAUAGCAAUGAGGUUUUUAUCAUCCUUUGGUGGUACACUGUGUGAGAUUGGAAAGCCUGAAAUGAAACAAAAAAUAAAUUCAUUCCUUGAAAAGGAAGGAAUAGAGAAAAUCGCACAAAGGCUGCAAACAACAGUUCCUACCUUACAAGUCAUUGUGGAUGGUCUCAGUCAGCCUGAAAGCUUUGACUUUCGAACAGAUUUCAAUAAACCUGACUUCAAGAGAAGCAUAGUUUGCCUGGAAGAUCUGCAGGUUGGGACAAUUCUUACGGGCAAAGUUGAGAACGCCACUCUGUUUGGAAUUUUUGUGGAUAUAGGAGUAGGAAAAACAGGGCUGAUUCCAAUUCGAAAUGUAACAGAAGCAAAACUUUCCAAAACGAAGAAGAGAAGGAGUCUUGGUUUGGGCCCUGGAGAAAAAGUGGAAGUCCAAGUGCUCAACAUUGACAUCCCCCGAUCGAGGAUCACUCUGGACCUCAUCCGGGUGUUGUGAGUGCCCUGCUGCCAACCAAACACUGACUUGACUUCUUUAUUUGUACAGAUUGACAAAGGUAGCUGCGUGUUUAUGAAUUCUAGAUAGUAGAUGAGAAAGAAUUCACUUAAUAUUAGGAGCCUUUUCCACGCACUUAUUUUUCCUUUUGUGUAAACAGAAAACUAAUAGCUUCAUUUCCUUUUCCCUCAAAGAAAGCAACUAGUAGAAACCCUUAUGGUUUCAUGAGCUACUGGUUUUCUGACUCAAAUUUUAUUUUUUAUAAAUUUAUCUUCAACUCUUUUUGAAUUUUGCACAGCAGAUUUUUGAGUUCUAUUUACCAGCUUCUCCUCCCAUGGUUUUCUUGAUUUGAACUGUACAAUGUUUGUUGACACAGGAGGGCUGGCAUUGUUUAAUUUUCCCAUUUUAUAUAUUUUCUAUCAGGCCAUUUGAUUCAAUUCAUGAUUUUGCAGUAAUCUUGAUUUUUUUUUCCCUUACUAAGCAACAAAUUAUGCCAGUAAAAUCAAGUCUGAUGUGUUUGCAACCAUCAAGUGAGUGGCUGAAGACAUACAAUGCCUUAGUAUGAUAUUUGUAUUGAUUCCAACAAUAAAGCUUUGUGGCUAAUGA